AUGGCAGAAGGAUUCCUUUUUCAAGCUAUUGGAGGAGAUGAUUUAUCUUUUGAAGAUACGGGAAAUGAAUAUUUUGAGUAUUUGGUGUGGAGUUCGUUCUUUCAGGAUGUGCAGAAGGAUGAAGAAUUGGGUAGCAUUAGGACAUGUAAGAUGCAUGAUUUGGUGCAUGACCUUGCGAUGAGUGUUCAAGAUCCUAAUGAAUUUGGAAUCGCAAAGGUAGAAGAUGGCAAAGAAGAAAUUUCACAAGUUCGUCGUUUACAACUGCUAUUUGAUGAAGGACCUCGUUUGGCAUCUCCAAAUGUGUUAUUGAAUGCAAUGAAGUUGCGAACUCUUAUUGCUGUUGAACCAUAUAAUUUUUCGCAUAUCAAUUCUUUAUUUUGUCGCCGGUGCCACUAUACGUCAAUAAAUCAUUCUUACAAUUUGCAAACACUUGUACUGCAUGGGUGUAGACACAUUCCAAGUUGGUUUCUUAGAGAAAUUGGGAAUUUUAAGAGUUUGAGGCAUCUUGAUAUCUCGUAUUCAGAUAUUAAACAUAUACCUGAAAAUAUCGGGUCCUUAGAACAUCUAAGGUUCCUUGAUCUUUCAUAUACACCAAUCUCAAAGUUACCAGACUCAAUCACUUGCAUCAGCAGUUUAAGAACACUAAAGUUCGAUUAUUGUUGGAACUUAGAUGCCUUACCUACAGAGCUAGGAGGACUGACACAAUUAAGGCGCCUUAAUUUGGAAGGUACUGGGAUCGAAGUAUUGCCUGAAUCAUGUAUUAAAAACCUCUGCAAUUUGGAGAUAGUGGAACUAAGAUCAUACUGCAAGCUUCCCAGAGAAAUUAAUAAUUGGCCAAAAUUAAGAAUUCUUACGCACUCUAGAGAUGAUGAUGUAAUGCCUAAAGGUAUAGAGAGGCUCACUUGCCUUGAAAUAUUAGAGGAUUACAUGGUUAGGAAAGAAAAUGUGAUUGGCGAAAGUCCUAAUAAUAGUUGCGGUAGUGUCGUUGAAGAGAUGGCAGGCUUAAACUCCCUUGAGGUGUUAGGUAUAAGAAAUCUGGAGAAUGUGAGAGGUGCAAAAGAAGGCGCCGAAAGAGCAAAGUUAAAAGACAAGCAACACCUUGUACGUUUGGGUUUGUAUUGGGGUUCCACUGAUGAUGAUAAUAGAAGUAUGAAGGAUUGUAAGGUGCUGGAGGGUCUCCAACCUCACUCUAAUCUAAGGAAGUUUCAAGUGUCUGGGCGAAGAGUUUAUCAUCAACAACAACAAGAAGAAGACAGCAGUAGUAUUACUACAAAGAGAUCCCCCUCAAUGUUCCCUUCUUUAGUUAAAUUGGAUAUUAAUUUGGAAACCUUAGAAGAAUGGGUUGCUCCUCCUAUUUCUUCUUCUUGUUUCCCUAUCCUAGAGCGUCUGGAUAUCUUUUACCACCAAAGAUUGAGAUCCACACCAAUAAUGUUGUUUUCUUCUCUUAAAGAAUUGAUAUUACUUGGUACCAGUGAAGAUGCAAUUAAUUCGCUACUAAAUAGAGAAGGAGAUGGAUGUGCGACAAGUUCUCUCGCAUCCAUUUCCAUUUGGUAUUCUCCAGAUCUUAUAUAUUUACCACCACUGGGCGUACUACUACCCCGACACAAUACUGUUCUUCUUCGGGAACUAGAGAUUGUGCAUUGCGCUAAUUUCCCAGGUUUUCGUGAUGAUGCUGAUGAUAUAAACAACAAAAAUAUCAGUUCUCUUCAUUCACUGUGCUUAAGAGAUUGCCCUGUUUUAGCAUCAAUACCUGAUUUACGAUUACUGACCUCUCUCCGGAAGCUAAAAAUCAGGAGUUGCGAUAAACUGAAAAAGGAGUCAAUACCAUAUGAUCUUAACAAGUUCCUCACGUUUCUUGAAGAACUCGAUGUUGAUUUUACUCAAACGGACGAGGAACAAGUAGAUCCAAGCUGUUGUGCGAGCUGGCUUUAUUAA